ACCGGACCCCCUCCCCCAUCGAGGACGCGCCACCCCCUGCCGUCGAUUCUUUCCCGGCGCCGAGCAAGCCCCUCCCCGACCCGUCGCCGUCGGCCUCCCAGCUCGCCCCUCCCGCCCCUGCCCCGUUCGCGCCUCCCCGACCCCUGCCGCCGACCUCCGCCGGCUGCGGCUGACGCCGUCGACAACUCCUCCCCAACUCUGCAGCCUUCAGCCUCCCGCAAGAAGAUCGAGCCAGCAGUAACAAUGGCAUGGCAGCCGAACUAGUCGCCGAGACGAAUGAGCAAGGCAGUGGUGUGAUCCUGAAGAUCUUGUGAGGCCUUUUUCACUCGAUGGUCGAUGCAAUUAACAAAUUGGUUGAGUCCCCCACGAGAAAUUAAAAGAUAGGAGCCUGAGGCGGUCAGGACAGAACAGUUGGGUACUACUUUAAAGCUGACACAUACCUGGAACAAUGCCGCCUCAUAAGAUAGAGACUGGCCACCAAGAUGUGGUGCAUGACAUCGCAAUGGAUUACUAUGGGAAGCGUAUUGCCACUGCCUCCUCUGAUAACACAAUCAAGAUCAUUGGCGUAAGUGGCACCUCGCACCAGCAACUUGCCACUUUGAGCGGACAUGAGGGCCCAGUCUGGCAAAUUGCAUGGGCUCAUCCCAAGUAUGGCUCCAUGCUUGCAUCCUGCAGCUACGAUGGUCGGGUCAUCAUAUGGAAAGAAGGGAGUAAGCCCGAUGAGUGGGCACAGGCACACACUUUCAAUGAGCACAAGUCUUCUGUCAAUUCCAUUGCUUGGGCGCCUCAUGAGCUCGGCCUAUGCUUGGCCUGUGGUUCAUCUGAUGGGAAUAUCUCAGUCUUCAUGGCUCGUUCUGACGGAGGGUGGGAGACGACGCGCAUCGAUCAGGCACAUCCAGUGGGAGUUACCUCUGUUUCCUGGGCCCCAUCAAUGGCGCCGGGUGCUCUAAUCAGCCCAGGGCCUUCUGGGCAGUUCGAGUACGUCCAGAAACUUGCUUCUGGUGGCUGCGACAACACGGUCAAGGUGUGGAAGCUCACCAACGGGAGUUGGAGGAUGGACUGCUUUCCCGCCCUUCAGAUGCACAGGGACUGGGUGAGGGACGUCGCGUGGGCGCCAAACCUAGGCCUACCAAAGUCCACGAUCGCCAGCGCUUCUCAGGAUGGAACCGUCGUUAUCUGGACCACGCCGAAAGAAGGCGAGCAGUGGGAAGGCAGGGUCCUGAAUGAUUUCAGAACCCCUGUUUGGAGGCUGUCGUGGUCGCUGACGGGCAACAUCUUGGCGGUCUCUGAUGGCAACAACAAUGUGACCCUCUGGAAAGAAGCUGUUGACGGCGAAUGGCAGCAAGUGACUACCGUUGAGCCAUAGAUGUUCUGCGUUCUGCCUCUAGGUUCUUUAGUAAUUACUAUAUCAUAACCAAUGUAGUUUUGCCAUCAUGUUAUUUCAGUGAAUUUGAUUAUCGUAACAACGUUUAUGGUGCUGCAAGUUAUCUGAUGGAAUUGUGUUUGUGACCCCCUUGUUGAGGCAGUCAAUAUAUCCGGUACCAAAAGCGCACACAUCUUUGAGGGUUUUGUGGUCUA